GCCCCGCGCAGGCUGCAGCUGUUCCGUCAGCUGCCGCUCCUCCUCCCAGACGCAGAGCGCCGCUCUGCCCCGCCCCCCGCGCAGGCUGCCGUCCCUACAUCCGGGUACCGACUCCAGCCGCCUAGACGCUGGCACUAUGGUCAUGGCGGAGGGGACGGCAGUGCUGAGGCGGAACAGGCCGGGCACCAAGGCGCAGGAUUUCUAUAAUUGGCCUGAUGAAUCCUUUGAUGAAAUGGACAGUACACUAGCUGUUCAACAGUAUAUUCAACAGAACAUAAGAGCAGAUUGCUCCAAUAUUGACAAAAUUCUUGAACCACCUGAAGGCCAAGAUGAAGGUGUGUGGAAGUAUGAACAUUUAAGGCAGUUCUGCCUUGAGCUAAAUGGACUUGCUGUCAAACUUCAGAGCGAAUGCCAUCCAGAUACUUGCACUCAAAUGACAGCAACUGAACAAUGGAUUUUUCUUUGUGCAGCUCAUAAAACUCCAAAAGAGUGUCCUGCUAUAGACUAUACUAGACACACACUUGAUGGUGCUGCAUGUCUUCUGAAUAGCAAUAAAUAUUUUCCCAGCAGGGUUAGCAUAAAGGAAUCAUCUGUAGCGAAACUAGGAUCAGUAUGUCGUAGGAUUUACAGAAUAUUUUCACAUGCUUAUUUUCAUCAUCGGCAGAUAUUUGAUGAAUAUGAAAAUGAAACAUUUUUGUGUCAUCGGUUUACUAAAUUUGUGAUGAAAUACAAUUUGAUGUCCAAGGAUAACCUGAUUGUACCAAUUUUAGAAGAGGAAGUACAGAAUUCAGUUUCUGGGGAAAGUGAAGCAUGAAAGGAAUCAUAUGGAAAAAUGUACUGAUCAUAUAAUUAACAUUAAUUAUGUACUGUAUAUAUCAUUUUAGACACAUCAAUCAUGUAUCCAUAUUAUAGCUUCUUUGUUUAGUAUAGGUUUUUGUAUGCUGGGUUUGCCUUUUAAAAUGGGAAAUACUUUUUAAGUUAUUCAUAAGCUGUAUAUUCACCAGUGUGGCACUCAUGGUUUUUAAAUAAGAUUAGUAUUAUCUGUUUAUAAUGCCUGUUAAUAAAAGAAUUUACAGUUUGGUAAAAUUGCUGCUAAACAAUCAUUGGAUCACAAUCCUCAUCAGACAAACCCAUCUGUAAAAAAAAUGAGGGAGAGCUUGAGGUUUCACACAAGCCAUUUACUAAAGAGGUAGAAAUGUUUUCCAUUGGUUUUACCUUGAGUUUAGAUAUCCUAAAAAAUUCUGUAGUACAUAGUUUUGUCUUACCUGUUAACUUUCCCCAAUUGAGAUGAUAGUGUUUUAAAAUUGUUUAUAGUUUUUGAUAUGCAUAUAUAAUUAUGUGUAUAUCUAAAUACAAAUGCAAAUGAAGCAUUAGUAAUACUUAAAUAAUUUUGCUGUGCUACAUAAAGUGUAACAUACUUGGAAAGGAUUUACCUUUCUGCAACAAUGGACUGGUACAGGAUGAUCACAACGGUAAGGCACAUAAAUUAUGUUCCCACUGGAAACCUGCCCUGUCCACCCCUUCUCAUUUCCCUUAACCUUAUCCUCAAACUACUUUAGCUGAGAAGCUUUUCACCAGACUGAGUUAGUGGUGGCUUAUGCCUAUUUAUAUUUGUAUUAAUUGCUUACAGAUUAUACCUCAUAUUAGCAAUUACAUUACACUACAAGAAAAUGUAUUUGCAUAGGCUCUUGCUUAUCUUUGUUUCGCAAAAUUGUUCUACUUAGAAAACAGUCCUUAAAAUAGUUUGACUCCUCCUGUUAGUAAUAUUAAUCUUUGAUUUAACCAGCUAGGCAGCAUUAAAUAGAAUUGAAGAAAUACUGUAGUAUUUAUUUUACACCCCCUCUCCCACGAAGUUUAUGUUUGAAUUACAUGCACGUGUGAGAUUAUUUGCAAUAAUUCAUAGGUUCCAAGGGUGUUGAUGAAUAGUCAUACAUUUUUUUGGACUUUGUUAUAAUUCAUUGUGGUAAGAAUGCAGAUUUAACAAUCUUAUAAUCUAUUGAAUGCCAUUUUUGAUAAAGCACUGGAGGUCUUAUUGCCAAACUGAUUGUAAUGAGGCACUAAGAGUGAAAACAUUGUACAUGUUGUGAAGAAAGUAUUUAAAUCCAACUUUUGAACAGAUUUAACAAACAUGAGGAACUUUUUUAUUUAAAAGGAUAAUUUUGAAAUGAAGAUGAAAAUGUAUUCAUCUUGUUUUUUCAAAUUUAAGGGAAUAAUUUAUACCAUCUUUUGAGACAAGAAUGUACAGCAAAAAUAAGGGGAACAGUAGUAUACUGAGAGUGUGCGUAUAUAUAGUGUAUGCCUUUCCAAGCUUGUCAGUCUUUUUGGCUUUGAACAGUGCCCACCAGCUACAGUCAUUACUGUUCCCCAACCCACAACUAUCUUUUAAGAAGUCUUAGUUCACAGUGAAAGGAAUGUUGACUUUGAAAUUAUGGAUUUAUAUUAAUGGCACUAUAAACCAAUGGUAAUGGUAAUUUUUAAACUUGCUAAAUAUUGAGAGACUAAACUACUAAGUUAAUAAAUUAUAUAUAGCAGUGUAGCUGUUCUCUCUAGAUGGUGUCUCACAAUGGAUUUCUGUUGCUUGACUAUUUUCUUAGUGAAUAUUUAUACUAAGGUAGUGACUGAGAUUUGGUGAUCUGGCUGAGUAUUUUGAAACACAUUUUGAAUAAUAUGGCUUAGUGUUAACGGGGACUUAAAUAUGAUUUUUUUCUUACUCAUUUCACCUUCCCUGUACUGUAUGUUUGGAAUUGAUCAUAAAACAUCUCCAAAAGAAAA